AUGAAUGAGGAACCAGUGUCGGGCGGCGGGGGCCGGGUGCCAAAGGUGACAGCUGCUCAGGUGUCACUGGCUGGCUGUAUAGAGAGGGAACAGAGAACAGGAGAUCAACAGCUGUGGAUGUAUCAGAUCACCUGGUGGAAAGACACAUUCAGCUCCGUACCUGGACAAGUCAACAGAAUGGAGUCACAUCAGAGGAAAUCAAUGGGAAGAAUCAGGAGAAACAGCAAGACUCUCCUUCAGGAUCUCUUUUACAGGGGACUCCGUGGAGGAGACAGAGACACUCCUAUCCCAGCUCAGCCUGGUAGAGAUGCUAAAAUGAUCCAUUCAAUUGCGAGUCUGAUCAGGGCAAAGAGCCAACUCCUCUUGCUCGAGAGCCCUGAUACUGUGGAGAUCUACAAGCUGAAUCAGCCAACAGCUCGUUCUACUAGAGCUGUUAAAGAUGACGUUUACCUCCCAGCCAUCACAACUAAGGCUUCCAGUCUGAACUCAAUCAGAGGGGCUCUGAGUCAGUCCUGCUCUUACCUGUAUGACAAGCGAAGAGGAUCUUUCUCUUCAACAGCCUCUCAGAGAACAGGAGGUCACACUAAAAAACAGUUUAACCUAAAGUCACAAAGAGAAGCAAAGAAAUCCAACGUCACUGUGACAAUGACCUAUCUAGGACAAGGUCAUGUGGGGUCAGGGUUGGGGUCCAGGCAGGAUGAACUGAAGGUACUCCAGCAAGUCAACGGAGGGGAAAAUAUCUGUGUCUUCAAGGACCUGGUGACUACAGGAGAGCAGUUCCAGUUUGUCUCUCAGAGACACAGAGGUUAUCCCUUCAGUGCUACCUUGUACGUUAAUGGUAUCAUGGCGGCCAGGAUCAGUUCCUGCUGUGAGUACCGCUACGCUCCCGGCUUCCAGCAGGGCAGGAAGAGCUGCUUCCGACUUGCUUGGCUGGCUGGUGGGAUACCCUGUUACAGAUGCACAAGUCUCCGAAACAAAUACAGCUCCUGCCAGCAGCUGAACAACGGCACAAAGGAGAACCUAAUUCUCCCUCCAGAGCAGAGCCCUGGCAACGUCUCCAAUGCAGGCACAAUUGAGUCACGUCCAUCAUCCCCUCUAUUUAUCCCGGCCAAACCAGAGAAGAAAUCAGUGAGAAGGACAAGAAAACACGUCAAGGAAGGCGGUGGAGGAUCAACAGACAGCGAGGACCAUGCUGUAGCUGGGAUUAAAGAGACCUCCAAGAAGAAACGACUCAAGGGUCAAGCUAAUCAGAAAGAGAGCAAAGGCAAGACAGCUGGAAAUAACAGAGGAGAAGAGGGACAAGAAAGCCAGGGCACAGAGGUCUCGCAGAGGUCAGCGGUAAAAGAAAAAUGUGAAGACCAAGCAUCGUCGGCCAGGCAAGAGCAGAAACAGCAGAAAACAGCCAGCAAUGUCACAGCGCAGCAGACGAAGCAGCUGCGACUGAACAAGACAAGCAAAGUUCUCGGUUCAGCGCAGGAUGAGGAAGCACUGACUAAGCAGAAUGGAGAGAAACAGAAGGGACUGGACUCAAAUUGGAAAAACAGAGAUGGGGAAAGACUGAAGGACUUCUAUGAAGAAUGUGUAGAAAUGAGUGCUGCGUUGGAGCAUGGCCCAAACAAACACAACUGGUUCAAGGCAAACAUCCUGGAGAGGUGCCGUCUCCAGAAGAAGCUGUCAACUUGUCCCAAAGCUCCAGGCUCAGAUGUGGAGCUCAGUGCAGAGAGUGACACUGUCUCGCAGCAGCCUGAUGGAGAUCCGGAGGAAGAAGAGGACAUGGCCAGCCAGAGCACUGGUGCAGACAAGCCUGGUAUAGAACAAGACCUGCAGGCACAGCUCGAUGCCAUGAUGAUGGUGCUGAGCACGUCUGAUGAGGUGGAGCAGCUGGUUCUGAGGAACACCGACCUGACGGACGACCUUCUGCUGAGCCUGGCGAGAGCCCUGAAAAGCAGCUUGUCCGAGGUCACAUUGCUCAACCUCAACCUCAACCUCAUUGGCCCAUAUGGUGCUCACAUCCUGCUGGACGUUCUGAGAGUGAAGCCUCAGGUCAAAGGCUUACACUUGUUUGGAAACAAACUGUGUGACCAUGGAGUGCUGACUCUGUUGAAUGGAAUAGCUGAGCUGCAGGAGCAAACAGCGAGAGCUGCUGCUGCCAUCCAGCAGGCGAUGCUUUUCCCAUCGGACCAAAACAAGCUUCUGCAGCUGCCCACUGGGUGGAGCUCUUUCAGGAGUUUUGCACUUUUAGAACUGGAUAUUGGGGGAAACGGCUUGAGCAGCGACGGGGUAAAGGUAUUAGCAUCAUAUAUGAGGCACCGCUCCUAUCUUCAGUACUUGGGUCUGGCACAGACCAGCAGCGCCGAUCUGUCGGCAUGGAAGGAACUUUUCGACAGCCUAAAGUUAAACAGCUCGCUGACUCAGAUCAUCCUAGACGAGAACAACUUGGGAGACCCGGGGGUCAGGCUGCUGGCCGACAUGCUGAAAGAGAACACGAGUCUGCGGCAAGUGGAUCUGGACAGGAACGGCAUCAGUGACGUAGGAGGAAACGACAUCAUGGGGGCACUGCUUUUCAGGACGCAGCUUCGCCUGAGGCAUCUGAGCCUUCAGGAGAACAACAUCAGUGCAGGACUAAUGAGUAGGAUACAGGAGGAGGUAAAAUAUAACUGAAUUCUGCAGGAGUGGAGGAGUACACUUAAAAACCAUGAGAAUGGUAUGCUAUGUACCAUAAUAAACAAAGCUCUGACUUGAGAACUCUUUGUUUACAUUUUGAGGUCACAAAGGAAAAAACCUGACUCAUUUGACUUGUUUGAUUUGUUCAGACACACACACACACACACACACACGGAUCUCUUCCUUCCUAUAACUGGGUGGCCCUGCUAACAAAUGCUGCGUCUUAGUUUAGCCCAGGCAGGUGGUGUAGGAGGCAUGUUUGCUUUAGGGUUGCGCUGUGGUCUGGUUGCAUUUUCAAAGCGAUCUCAAUGAACUGAACCUUUCUUCUUUGUGGUGAGGUUACAUCCUCACCUUGAUUCUCUUAUUCUUCUUCCCACCAGUGAUACCCCUCAUGACUCCGCACCUCCUACUUUGCUAAAACUGACUCCAGCACAGAGCUCACUGAUCCCUCUGUCAUUUUAUUGAAUAAUUUUCUGCCUCCUGACAAAAAAGAAACCACAGUGAUUCAUUCCACCCACAGUAUUUACAGGUCAUGGAUGACUAAUCCACAAUUUCUUUUUUUUUUUUUUUCUCCUCCCCCCCGGAACAUUCCAGUAGCCAUCAUUAGAUCCCCUUUCUCCGCUUCUACAAAUCAAAAGAGUUAUGGACAGCUGAACCAUACCUCGUCAACUACCCCCAUUUUGUCGUUCUCUUCAUGAGCUAGACAGUACUCCUAUUCAGAAUCAAUGCAUGGGGGCGGUGGGGGACUGUGGCAAAUGCAUCUGAAUUUCGAGGCCGUCGUCUCAUUGUUCUAUCAACACCGACAUUCUGAGAAUAACUGUACCUGUGAUCAAAGCUUGUCAGAGUGGUAAUUAUCUCCUCCUAGCAGAGCUGCCAGUAGCGAUUCUGCUGAAACCAAUCUCUUCAUAUUUCAUCUGCAGUCUUUGCGAAUUCCUGUCUGUGGAAGUCAGAUAAAGAUGCUCUGCGAAGCCCCGGGAUGAUGACAGAUGAAUGAGACUGGUGCACCUGAAGAUUGCAUCUGCAGAAGUUAUCCGACUCUGAAUAAGGUUGUGUUUGUGGUGUUGUGGAACAUUUUAAACUCCGCACAGCGAAGAGAAGGUGUCUAGUUUAUGGUGUCGUAUUUUCUAAGCAUCUAAAGUCUUGCAGAUGAGACAGUUAAGAUUCUGUUAUCAGCGCUAAAAAGACUCGGAGCUUCUUUUCUUUUUGAUUGUUGAUCUUCUAAGAUCUCAAAAGUCACAUUUGUAGUAGAUUGAAUACAGAACUAAGUGGUACACCACCAUGCCUGGCUGACCAUAAGCCUGCAAACAAGAGCUGCUCUGUAAUUCGCCCACUCCUUCGAUAAGGUCUUCGUGCUUCUCUGUUACAUGUAAAACUUAGAUCAGUGACCCCAUUGUCCUUCUGCUAAUGUUAUCUGUACUUGGCCUGAAACAAAUCCUGCAGUGUUGCAAGCUUCUUUCAACUGAUCUUCCAAAAACAUGGCCUUAAAUCAUAGAAGCUCAGUCUGUUAGGAAUUUAAAGGUUUACUCGAGAAACAGUUUCCCCUUUCAGGCCUUUGUAGUCACAUGAAACCUCGCUAGUGCUGCAAUAUCCACUGUCGUACAGCCCAGAAAUAAUCAGGUUAAAUACAUCAUUCAUCCAGGUGAACAGAUGAACAUUUACUCACCUGAAUCUUUGUAAAACAAGGAAUUAUUCUUUUUUUUUCAUAGGUGAAAAGUAGCCAGCAUACAUCUGAUACAGUGAGGGGUUAAGUUUCAGACAACUGGUGCUGUGGAAAGCCUUGGGAAUUCAAUUUCUUGACUGCGACUUAAGGCAAAAACCAAACUAAUGAAGUGAACAAUGGUUACUUACAUUCAUGGGAAGUUCAGUGAUUCAGACUUCCUUUAAGUUUCCUGGGCAUGGUAAUGAAAUGUAUUUCCACUUACACCAUAUAAAGGGUCAGUGUCUGUUCACAGGGCCAUUAACAUCUUAUGUCUUUCUAACUGUGUAACUGUAUAAUUCUGGAUACACACAGGUAGGUACAAGUUUUGCAACUUAGACAUGAUAGCCAUGAAAGUGACAUGGAUACAGUGAUGGCAAUGUCAGCCUAUCACUCUGUUCAUUGAAAAUGAAAUGUCUCCACAAAUAGUAGAUGGAUUGGUUUAUCUUAUCGACCCUUUACAAUGGCAGCCACAUUCAUUCCUUUUCACACACAUUCAUAUUUAGCGUUUCUCUACCACACAAACACAUUCAUACAACGAUGACACAUCAUCAUUUUGGUGCAAAGUGACGGCCCACUCUACUUCCUGUGCCACAGCUGCUCCAUGGUUUCUAUGGUUUGACAAUCCCCUGACUAUUUUUUCCAGUAACACUAUAUGAGGACAUGAUUUUUAGUGAAAUAGCACAAGUAUCAUGUCCUUUGUGUAAUAACUUUGGUAUUGCCUUUGGCCUUUGCCUUUACCUUGAGCGUUCAAUUCUGCAUAAUUUCUACCACCACACCAAAGUGUGCUGUAUCCACUUUGUAGAUUUCUGCCAUGAGAACAGUCUGAGUCAGUGUAUAACAUGAGGGAUUAGAUGGGCAGGGGUGUAUGUUUGUGUACAGUGGACCAGUUUUCAGCCUACAUUUAGAAACCCAGGUGGUGUGUUUGUGUUUACGGAAGCCUGGGGGCGGUGGACGUCUGUCAGAACAGCAAACCCUCUGUUGUGUCCAUGUAAGUCCGUUCUGUACUGACCGCAGGCACACACUAAUUUGUUUUGUAUCGUUUGUCAGGAUCAGAUGUUAUUUCUUCAGCUUGACCAAUUGGAGGCCAUUUGUUGUUCAUUCAAAAACAUUUUUUCAAGUGGACUGGAGACAUUGCCUGGCCUUGUGGAGGGCUAAUUAGAAUCACCCUGUUUGCCAGUUUAUGAUGGUGACAAGUUAAUCAGGUGAGUUACAGCGCCCACAGAAAACUAUGAUGUGUUCUUGAUUAACAGCAGCAUGAAGAUCUUUGUCUUCAUCUUCUCAGCUGUUGCAGUAGACUGUAAGAAGGGAGCAGGAAGUUGACCUUGGCUCAAAGUAGCUGCACACGCUGUAGCAGAGGAUGAAUGUGGAAAGGCCUGGCUGAGGAUGAGAGUGAACGUUUCUAGAUUUGUGAGAUGUAGCGCUGCAGUGAGACCUCUCCAUAACAGAUCUCCUUUAUCGUCAAGAAUAGGACGGCCAUUUAUAGACAGGAUACUGUUGGGAUAAUGACGCACGCAGAGCUACAGUUACAGGAAAGCAAAUUGUUUUUAUUGCUGUGACAGAUCAGUCAAAAAUCUGACUUGAAGUUCAAGUGGAAUACAGUCGAAUGUAAAUUUUGUACACUGACAUAAAAUGUGUUUCCUGUCAAGAUGAAUUCCCCCAUCCAGCACCAGACUUAGAUUAUCUGUGAAAUGAAUUUUAUUGGAUCUUGCAGGCUAAACAAAUCUGUCCCAUGUGGUUUGACUGCGUUAGCAUCCUGAAGAUCCAUGCCAGCAGCAGUAUUUUUGGAUUGAUUCCUUAAGUUUGAUCACUAUCAUUCCAAAUUUCCAGUAAAGUAUUCAGUAUUUCCUCUUAGUAUUUUACUGUCAUAUUGGUGAUGGAGGCAACAGCAUUUAAACCACUGGCCCCAAUCUAGGGUGAAGCAACCGAGAAAAUAUGUCUGAUGAAUUUAAAGGUCACAAAAUGACUAAAAAACAGAGGUAUUUUCUUACGAAAAACAGGAUUUUUGAAGUAGAUGGUAAGAGCCUUUGUAGGUUAAUAUAUACUGUAUCAAAAGGAUGACAAGGGGGGGUCACACACUUGUUUUGUUCAUUUUAAGUGCAUACAAUAAAAGGCAAACAUCUCAUUCAGCCCAUUGUGAGACAGAAAAAUCACCUAAAUGCAGAAUCAUGAAAGAAAAAUUUUGAAUAAAAAUGAAAUAAUGAAA